CUGCGGGGAGGUCGCUAGUAUUCAACAUGGCGGCGCGGGAGGUCGGGGAACGCGCCGGGGCUCUGCUCCAUUAAACGGCCGGAUUGUGUCACUGGAACGGAGGCUGCGGAGAACGGAAGGCCGCCUGCCUCACGUCCGGCUCAGUAACUUUCCUUCACGUCAGCGGUGUUUUUUUUUUUUUUUCCUUUCCGCAUCCUCGGUGCUCGAGUAACUCCCCACCGGGCCCCAGGUUUCCUGCAGCGGGGGUAAUACUCCGGCCUAUAUCCCCCCGCCCGGGGAGGGCAGGGCCGUCUCCAGCCUCUCCUCCUCCUGUCAGGGCUGAGGAUGCUCCUUCCGUGAGCCGCCAUCCGUCCCACCUGUCAGCUUCUCCUCACCUGGCCGGACUAUGGCAGCCGCUGGAUGUGCCUGGGACCUGCUGUAGUGUUACCUGGAGAUCCCCACAAGCUCCUCCCCCUUGGCAGUGACUGGCCCCUGGGUCACCAGGACUGCAGCCUCACCAGGGAGCCUGCCGGGGCCUGGAUGUUGGCACAGGGUGGGCAGCAGGCUGGCACAUGUUGGUAUCUUGACCAUUCCCAAUGAUGGAUUAAAAGCCGGAUGCCCUGAGACCAAAGCAGCGCAUCAUCGGGCGGUCUUUCUUAUGGGACCAGUAUGGGGGAUCGGCUGUGGAACUGGAAGGAUAGUUUACAGACUGAGCCGCGGUCCCUUCAGUCCUAGAUGUCUUAUGAAUUGAUGGUGAUUCUCUCCGCAGUGGCGUUUCCAGAGGUGCCAGCACCUGGCGGUCUGGAUUAGGGAAUUUUUUUUCCCCCUUUUUUUUUUUUCCCCCUCCCCUUUUUAUUAUUUUCCAGUUGGAGUGCCUCCACCAGACGCUGUCCCAGAUGCCUUCAGCCUUUGCGAUCUUCACCUGCCGUCCAAAUUCCCAUCCUUUCCAGGAGCGGCAUGUCUACCUGGACGAUCCCGUCAAGAUCGGGCGCUCGGUGGCCCGCUGCCGCCCCGCGCAGAACAACGCCACCUUUGACUGCAAGGUGCUGUCCAGGAAUCAUGCGCUGGUCUGGUUUGAUCACAAGACUGGCAAGUUUUACCUUCAAGACACUAAAAGUAGUAAUGGUACCUUCAUAAACAGCCAGAGGUUGAGUCGAGGGUCUGAGGAAAGCCCGCCGUGUGAGAUCCUAUCAGGAGACAUCAUUCAGUUUGGGGUUGAUGUAACAGAAAACACCAGGAAAGUGACCCAUGGUUGUAUAGUGUCCACUGUAAAGCUGUUUUUGCCUGAUGGAUUAGAGGCGAGACGACGGUCAGAUGUCAUCCAAGCUCCAUUACCCAGUCCGGUCGACAAGGUUGCUGCUCACACUCCCAGUAUGUACUCUCAGGAACUGUUCCAACUCUCUCAGUAUCUACAGGAGGCCUUACAUCGGGAACAGAUGUUGGAACAGAAGUUGGCCACUCUUCAGAGGCUACUAGCCAAUACACAAGAAGCUUCAGAUACUAGUUGGCAGGCCCUGAUAGAUGAAGACCGGCUUCUAUCACGACUGGAAGUCAUGGGGAACCAGUUGCAAGCUUAUUCAAAAAGUCAGACAGAUGAUGGGAUUCGGAAAGAGUUAAUAGCGUUACAGGAGGACAAACACAACUAUGAGACGACGGCCAAAGAGUCUCUGAGGAGAGUUCUACAGGAGAAAAUCGAGGUAGUGCGGAAGCUGUCUGAAGUUGAGAGAAGUCUAAGUAACACUGAAGAUGAAUGUACCCAUCUGAAGGAGAUGAAUGAGAGGACGCAGGAAGAAUUACGAGAGCUAGCCAACAAGUACAAUGGGGCAGUGAAUGAAAUUAAAGAUCUAACUGACAAGCUCAAGGCAGCUGAAGGUCGGCAAGAGGAAAUCCAACAGAAGGGCUUGACUGAGAAGAAAGAAUUGCAACAAAAGAUUGAUGAGAUGGAGGAGAAGGAGCAGGAGUUACAGGCGAAAAUCGAGGCCUUGCAAGCGGAUAACGAUUUCACGAACGAGCGUCUUACUGCCUUACAAGUACGAUUAGAGAAUCUACAGGAGAAAACACUUAAGGAGCACAGCACCCAAGGCAUACAAGUCGACGACUUCAAACCUAAAAUCAACGGCAGUGCAGAUAAAGACAAACUCAUAGAAGUGAAGCAUCUGACUAAAGCCGAUCAGGAAUCUCUGCAUCUGAAAGGGAGUCCUGCCGAAGUGAAGGAUUCAGACUUGUCAGACACACUCAGCCCCAGCAAGGAGAAAAGCAGCGACGACACUACAGACGGCCAAAUGGAUGAGCAAGAGCUGAAUGAACCACUUAAUAAAGUUAUAUUAAAAGAUGAGCUGCAUAAUGUACAGUCUGGCUCUAAUGACGCAAAGCAGGACCUCCAGCAGCUGCGCAAAGAGUUGUCAGAGGCCCAGGAUCUUGCAAAAUCCAGCAGACAGAAAUGCCUGGAACUUCAAGCACUUCUCGAAGAGGAGCGGAAAUCCAGUAGAAAACAGGCCGAAGACUCCACUAAGCAGAUUCAGCACCUCCAAGCUCAAUUGCACAGGUUACAAGAAGAGAUUGAGAUCUUGCGUGAAGAAAAAGAGAACGACAUCACUAGUACCCGGGAAGAGCUGAUGAAUGCUCAGGAAGAGAUCGCCAUCCUGAAACACGUCUCUGAACAAGUGGCUUCUGAAAGAGAAGGCGACAUAGCAGAGCUCCAGGGAGAGUUACAGGAAGUGCGGUUUGAGCUGGAGCAUUGGCGUAAAACAGCGAGUCAGUACGAGGCCGAAAUUGUCAAUCUGCAGGCCAGUUUCCAGGCCCAGUGCAAGGACCGAGAGGACCAGCAGAUGUCUGAGGCAGCAAGAUUGCAAGCUGAAAUGGAGAAACUCCGAAAAAGUGUUACUUCUCUGGAGGGUGAAUGCUCCUCUCUACAGAAAGAGAAUGCUGCUUUGACUGGAGAGUGCCAGAGAAUAGAGUGCGAGCUUCACAGCUCUCAGCAGCAUUCUGUGGACCUCUCAAGUAAUCUCAGUGUCUUGGAGAGUACCCGGAAGAAACUUGAAAGUCAGGUGGGAUGUAUGAAAGAACAGAGUCAGCGAGAGGUGGACAACUUGAAAGUUCAGCUUAAAGAGGCAGAGAAGCGUGUACUGAACGUUCAGCAAGAAUAUGAGAACACUCAAGUUAAACUAUCAGAACUGAAAGUGACAUUCGAGAAAACAGAACAAGAAAAGCAAAUGAUUAGUGAAGAGCUGAAGCAAUGUAAAGAGAACCUUAAGCUGCUGCAGGAGAAGGGGAAUAAUCCUUCCGCGUUACUUCCCGUCCCAGCCGUAUUCUUCGGCGUAUUCGUGGCUAUCCUGUAUUGGUGUUACGGCCUGUUGUGGUAGAGAAAGAGACAGUGGCCUUGGGUGACCGGGAUAGCGGUGUUGGUGGCUGUGACCGCAGUGAUGCUGUACCCCGGCAGAGGCGCGCCAUGAGACCGUUUUUCAAGCCAUGUACCGUCCUCCGUUGCAGCCGACACCGCUCAUGUCUGGAGAACACAAAACUGAUCCUUACUCUUCCUUUUUACCUCUUAAAAACUCACAAAUCUCUGAAAGAGACCGGCAGUAGGGCAAAUGCUUUAAACUGUAAUAUAUGUAUUUUGUCCGACAGGGGAAUAAACACAUGACUUUAUCCUA